GCAGGGUCUACCUACCUCAUGAUUUAACGUUAGCUUGCAGCUUGACAAUGGAUCUAUAAGGUCUCACGUGAAGGUACGAGUCUGUGCUACGGAAGUAGUAUACCUCGGACGACCUGUGUGAUUCUCACCGUGCUUAGCGUUCUUGGGUUGUCCAUUCGAUAAUGCUUCCCAUUGGCCAGGGUGGCCACCAUGCGUCGUUCACUGGUACUGGAGAUCCCCUGAUCGGUGGACCUCCGCCUGCUCCUGGGAUGACUGUUCCGCCGAUCGGCAUGUUGCCUCCGGGCGACUCGAUGUCAGGAAUAAUGCCUACUGGAGGUAUGUCAAUCCCUCCUCCAGUUGGUGCUGCUGCAACUCUUCAUGGCGCUCCGGAUCCGCCAAAGUUUAUCAGUCCCCAUCGACCUAACCUUGGGUCAGAGGGAAAGCAAAUCAUGCUUAAGGCGAACCAUUUCCAAGUCGUGAUUCCAUCGAAUUUGCUGAUUCAUUACUACGAUGUAUCGAUCCAACCGGAGAAGUGUCCGCGCCGAGUAAACCGAGAAGUCAUUGACACAUUGAUGCGUGCCAAUAAACGAUUUGUCGGUGCGAAGCCCGUUUUCGACGGCCGCAGCAACUUGUAUACGAAGGACCUGCUUCCUAUUACCAGCUCCAAAGAGGAAUUCGAGGUUACUCUUCCUGGGGAUGGGAACAACGAGCGGAAGUUCAUUGUUGUACUGAAGUGGAUUGCCCAAGUGUCCCUUCAUCAUCUGGAAGAGUUCCUCGAAGGUCGCUCGCGACGUAUUCCGAACGAUUCCAUUCUCGCCCUGGACGUACUAAUGCGCCACUUGCCAUCGAUGGUGUACAUUCCGGUCGGUAGAUCCUUCUUUUCUCCCCCGGAGGAUUGCAGAAACCCGCUGGGCGGCGGACGCGAGGUGUGGUUCGGUUUCCACCAGAGCGUCAAGCCGUCGCAAUGGAAGAUGAUGCUCAACAUCGAUGUUUCGGCCACUGCCUUCUACAAAGCCCAAAGCGUUAUAAGCUUCAUGUGUGAGGUCCUCGACUUGAAGGAUCUAAGCGAACAACGUCGUCCGCUGACCGAUUCUCAGCGCGUUAAGUUCACCAAGGAAAUCAAAGGUCUCAAGGUUGUUAUAAAUCAUUGCGGAAAUAUGAGACGGAAAUAUCGGGUUUGCAACGUGACCCGUCGCCCGGCCCAAAUGCAGUCUUUCCCGUUGCAAUUGGACAGCGGACAGACUGUGGAAUGUACCGUUGCCAAAUAUUUCCUGGACAAGUACCACAUGAAGCUUCAGUUCCCCCAUUUUCCAUGUUUGCAAGUCGGACAAGAGCACAAGCACACUUAUUUGCCGCUCGAGGUGUGCGAGAUUGAAGCAGGACAAAGAUGCAUCAAAAAACUGACAGAUCUACAAACGUCGACGAUGAUCAAGGCGACUGCGCGCAAUGCGCCGGACCGCGAACGAGAGAUCAACACCCUAGUGGGCCGCGCUUCUUUCAACUCUGACCCGUAUCUCAAGGAAUUUGGGCUCUCGGUUGCGUCCUCAAUGAUGGAGGUUCGCGGGCGUGUUUUGCCGCCACCAAAGCUCCAGUAUGGCGGGAAAUCGCGUACCCAGGCGCUGCCAAAUCAGGGCGUUUGGGACAUGCGUGGGAAGCAGUUUUUCACCGGCGUGGAGAUUCGUGUUUGGGCUAUCGCUUGCUUCUCGUUACCUAAGAUGGUGCGCGAGGAGGCGCUGCGAACCUUCACCCAACAGAUUCAGAAGAUCAGUAAUGAUGCUGGCAUGCCCAUCACUUCCUCCCCGUCGUUCUGCAAAUAUGCUUCCGGCCCGGAUCAGGUUGAGCCUAUGUUCAAGUUUUUGAAAAGCCAGUUCCCUGGGCUACAGUUGGUGAUCGUCAUUUUGCCCGGAAAGACCCCAGUGUACGCUGAAGUUAAACGCGUUGGUGAUACAGUUCUGGGACUGGCCACUCAGUGCGUGCAGGCGAAGAACGUGAACAAGCCGUCUGCUCAGACGCUCUCCAACUUGUGCUUAAAGAUGAACGUUAAACUCGGUGGAGUCAACGCCAUUCUUAUGCCCUCCGUCCGCCCGAAGGUGUUCCAUGAACCCGUGAUCUUCAUGGGAGGCGAUGUGACUCACCCUCCGGCAGGGGAUUCGAAGAAACCAUCGAUUGCGGCUGUGGUGGGUUCGAUGGAUGGCCAUCCGUCACGCUACGCAGCUACCGUUCGAGUGCAGCAACACAGACAGGAGGUCAUCCAGGAACUCACAUCUAUGGUGACGGAGUUGCUGGUGCAAUUCUACAAAUCCACGCACUUCAAGCCUAACAGGAUCAUAUUUUACCGUGACGCUGUUUCAGAGGGGCAAUUCCAAAAUGUCCUGCAUCACGAGCUGACUUCGAUUAGAGAGGCUUGCAUUAAACUUGAAAGCGACUACAGACCUGGCAUUACAUACAUCGUCGUUCAAAAGCGACAUCACACGAGGUUGUUCUGCUCCGACCGUAAGGACAUGGUCGGUAAGUCAGGAAAUAUCCCUGCCGGAACCACGGUUGAUGUCGGCAUCACCCAUCCGACCGAAUUCGACUUUUACUUGUGCUCGCAUCAGGGCAUCCAGGGAACAUCACGUCCGUCGCAUUAUCACGUCCUUUGGGACGACAACAGAUUUGACUCCGACGAGCUGCAACAACUGACCUAUCAGUUGUGCCACACGUACGUGCGGUGCACGCGGUCCGUCUCCGUGCCGGCGCCGGCGUAUUACGCCCACCUUGUGGCAUUCCGCGCCCGCUACCAUCUGGUGGAGAAGGACCACGACUCGGGCGAGGGUUCGCACCAUUCCGGCGGCAGCGAGGACCGCAACCCGCACGCCAUGGCCCGCGCAGUCAAGAUCCAUGCCGACGCUGCCAAGGUUAUGUACUUCGCCUGAAGCGGGCUCAACGCCCGGUCCUUCUUUUGUUCCUUGUUGACCCGCAGAAGAAGAAGAGGAUGAGGAUUAAUUUGGGUUGAGUGAGUCGGAUGAGAGAUUCUACGGGAAGAGUGGUAUUUUUCUGUGUCGCUGAGAGAGAGAGAGCCUCGCCUGGGGUCUUCUACUUCUUGCCAUUUCAGAGCGAGGCCGUGGGUUUCGGAAAUCCCUGGUUAUGCAAGGCAUUUGUACAGGGUGUUCACGAGGAAUCCUUUCGCUCGCGUACUCACGGUUGGAACGGAAAUGGCUACGCUCUCCUCUUGAGUCUCAGUCAAUGUGUAGGUGCAUUUUCUUGAUGACGCGAAAGUUUUUAGCUAAUCGAAGGAUUCACAAAUUGUCAAGGGAUCGCUGUCCUAUUCGAACUCAUAUUUUGACCUAUUUUUUUCUUUAGCAAGACAAUCCGCUGAUUUUGGAAAUUUAUUCGUGAGUUAAGAUCUUUUUUUUGAGGUUCUCCCAAAGAGCAAGUUCACUUUGAUGCCAAAGUCGUAAGUGCAAAGAGCGUGAGUCAAAUCAGUGAGCAGCUCAUCUCGCGAAAUGUUGGACCUUGAAAACGAUUGAAUUAACGGAAGUUUUUCUGCGAAGCACCCUGUAUGAAUACUUGUAUAAUCCGAGAAUUCAUUCGGAUGGGGGGUUUGUCAUUCGUUGCUCUAGUAGUUUGGUCCCACUGCGCGUUAUACCCGCAUCUCGCGGUCAGUGCAUUUGUUUUUUCGUGUAUAUUGUGAUUAUUAUGACGUUGCGUUCGUUUCCUCAGUUCUUCGUUGUCGGUCUCGCGCAUGAUGCAAUUCAAGUCGCACGUGCGUUUUACGCAUCGAUUAAGUUUUGACGGGAUUUGAGGUUUAUAUCGUGUGGGAGACCGGACGUUGAGUUGUCCCAAGUCGAGAGUAUCCGCCUUCCUUUUUCUGUAAUCUGUGGAUGAGUGCUUGAUCUGAGAUGUGACGCUUUUCCCCCUUUUCUUUUCACGGAAUGCGGACGAGGCGUUUGUAUUUCUCUCGAGCCCCCCGCGAGGAGGCAGGCAGGCCCAAAUUGGUGGGAUGCGGAUUUUUCUCUUGAAAGAUAAUUCAUGACCAGAUCUUACAGUCACCUGGAUGUUGAGAAUGCAGAAUGCCUUUUUUGUUACUCGAGAAUUUUUUCACCGUCGCACGGUUGACCGCGGUUUUUUUUUUUUUUCAUUUCCUACUACACCAGGCGGACUUUCGCGCGUUGCCGUACAGUAGUGCAGUAAAAAUAUGGUAAGAUUUCACCGUCCGGAUUUUUACUCAGAGCCGUAGAUUCACGUCGUUUUUUUUUCUCAUUUCAAUACAAUAUCAAUUUCUUCUACACAUGCUUGCUCGAAAUCGUCCUUUCGUUCGGUUCUCUAUUGCGAAGGUUCAUUGAUUCGAUUUCCGCCUCCGUCUUUUGAAGGACCGUGCAGCCAUUUCACUCCCACUGUGGAAUACGGGCAUACAGUAUUGUUAUUUUGUACGUCUUUUGAAGAGUUACUCGGGGGACUGGCGUGGAAUUUCCAAGGUGAAGUUUCCUACCAUAAUGUAUGUCCGGUGGACAUGGUUUUUGUUCAAGAGGUCGUUCCUUCAUCCAGUGUCCAUUUUCGCACUAGCAGGUUCAUAGGCUUACCAACUGAUUUCCUUCAUUUUGCGAGGAUGCAGCCGUGAAGGUGCGGUUCUUGCUAAUCCUUCUUAAUUAUUGAAUUCGAGAAAAACCUUAAUUUACUAUUGUCAAACAUCUUUCCGCAAUUUUGCUGGCGAAAUUGCGUGCAGCUUUUACAUGAAUACAAAUAUUUGUUUGCCUCCGAAUUUGCUUUGCAAAAUCGGGGAAGCGCAAUUUCUUUGGGAAUGUAGGCUUGUUCAUAAUCAUUUUCUAGCCCGAUUCUCUUGACAUGCAAGUAAAUGCUACCUUCAAUGGCUCGGACCAUGCUGUUGGAACUCGUCAGUAAAUCAGCAUCAGAUUUUUUCUAUUCACUGCUUGGAUUUAAUUUUCGUGAGUGAUUCCGAAUAUCUAAUCUUUUACGAAUACACAGAGGUAUUCACAUGUAUUACUGAGUUGUACACUUGGUGGCAUCGAAUCUCGAGUAACCUGCGAGCCUCGACUUCGCAGAAAAUUUGUAGAAAAAAGUUCAUACAAAAGGCGUUGAGGCGUUCACACUAUUUUUCAUGAAUUUAAUAAUGGAAACAAAUACUGUACUAAACUACUGCCCAACUAUGUGGGCCAGGGAUGUAGAAAUCCCUUGGCCACGUUGCAGAAAUGGGAAAUCAUUGUAGGUAGUGUGACCAUAUUCAGUUCUAUGUAUGCAACCAGAAGCGUACUAGCAUUUUUAUGGGUGGGGCGACAUAACUUUUUAUCCAUCUUUUAAUAAAUAAUUUAAACAGCAUUGGCUGCCAGCUUGAAAAAUGUAGUGAAUGUAAAGUAGGAUUAAUGACUGCUGUGCUGAGAUGCAGGUUUCAAUUCUGGAUGUAAGAAGGUAUGAAAAUAAAGAACGUGGCCAGAUAAAAAAA